UACCUGCCAGCCGGCAGUGGGUUGUCGCCAUGGGUUGCAGCAGCUCAAAGGCCAACGCGGUGGAGGAGCCCGUCACAGGCCAGCGGGCGGUAAAGCAGGAGGCGGGAGGCGGCACCAAUUUUCUGCACGAGGCGGUCAUCAUCCAGCCCACUGGAGCUCACACGCACACGGUCAUCAUGCUUCACGGGCUCGAUGGGCACGGCCAAAACUUUAGCUCGAACCCGUGGUGGAAGGACGACCCAUGGUUGUCGAAGAGUAGCACCGACCUCCCAAAGCUUGUCCACGGCCUCUGCCCGGAUAAGGCGGGCGGCAUCAAGUACAUUUUCCCGACAGCGCCAGAGCGCGGCCAGUACUUCAAGGGGCCAGACGGCCCUGCGAUCCGCACCAACCCCCCCUCUCCUCGAUUUACCAAUCGUGGUUGGUACACGUACUUUACCGACUUCGAUGGACAGGCCUUUUCGGACGACGACGUCAUCAGUCGCGACGAGUUCUACGCCACGGUCAAGCAGCUCGUCGACCUCUUUCAGCAGGAGGCGGAGGCGUUGGGCCCGUGCGGCGGGUGCAAGGUGAUCAUCGGCGGAUACAGCCAAGGCGGCACCAUUGCGGCGUCGGCCGCGAUCCAGUUGGACCCAGUCUUCCGGAAGCAGCACGGGACUCCCAAGGCCCUGAUCGCCAUCGACACGCUGCCGAUGGCUUUUGCGCAGGUGAAUCUCAACCUGCACGAGCUGAUGCCAACCUCUCAGGUGCCGGACGGCGUGCCGGAGGUGACCGAUUUUAACGCCAAGAUCCCGGUCUUCCACUUUGUGGGUUCCGAAGACACAAUCUACCCGGUGACGAACCAGCACAAGGCGUGGGCACGCUUCACGGAGGCGGGCUACACUGUGACGCCGCACGAGGAGAAGGGCGUGACGCACGAGGAGGCGCUUCAGAAGGGGGGGCUCGCGUACACAGCGGCGUGGAUCACGCAGCUCUUCUUCCAGUAAGUAGUAGAGAAAAGCAAUCACGUGUUCACCCGAGCUCGUCAUAUGAAAUGAAGCGUUUCUCCCCA